CCUGCUUCGCGUGCUCCUGCGCGCUCGCAUCUCUGCAUCCUCCGCUGGUGUAUGUAUGUGUGUGUGUGUGUGUGCGCGCGCGCGUGCAUGUUUGUUGACUGUAGGCUGGUAUGCACAGACGUGAAGGAGGCUGCCCCGCGACACCACGCUGUUUGGACGCGUCCUCUCUGGAUCUCUGAGCGCUACUCUGAACAAAGCAGUUUUUUGGGAAGCACCUGCUUCUCUCUGGCCGAUCUCCUCCAGUCCAAAGACCAACAGCUCUCUCUCAACCUGAGGACACCAGAUGAUUCAUCUUCAGUGGGCACAGUGGUGGUGAGCAAGGGGAAGAUGGGGGAGAUUGAAGAUGGAGAGGUGGACCACAUUACAGCUGACAUGCACCAGAAGUGCACACUGGUGUACGAGUCAUCACAUGGGACCAUUAAUGACACAGAUAACAGGCCAAUGAUGAAUGCUGUGUUUAAGAAUGCCAUCUGUAAGAUGUACAGGUUUCAAACAGUAGACAGUAAAUGGAUGUUGGUUCGUGAGCAGAUGGCGGAGUGCACGCUGUCCUUCUGCAUCCCAAAACAGCUCAUCGCCCUCUACAUUGAAGAGGACACCUGCAGGAUACAGGAGUUGAACGGUCUAGGAGAACUUUCUCCACACUGGGACAACCUGCGGAAGGAGGUCAUCUCUCGCUAUGACCAGAUCAUCAAAGAAUACCAGGACACGCUUGCUGAGCUCGAGAAACUUACUGGGCCAUCAUUUAAGCCCAGCUGCAGUAAAGGGCUGAAAUAUCUUGAGUUUGUUCCCAUCAACCUGCACACACAGAGAAUGAGGGUGACGUGUCCAAGGAAAACAGAUUCGUUCUAUGAUGUGGUCACAGUAGGAGCUCCGGCGGCUCAUUCACAAGGAUUCAAAAACGGAGGCUUGCAGAGACUGCUCAGCAAAUACGAAUCAGAGAAGAAGAGCUGCAGCACGGCGUAUCAGUGCAUCUACUAUCCUCCACAGCAGACGGCCAGGGCCAGGGAGAUCCUGAGUCUGGUGUCCCAGCUGCAGCCUCUCAUAUCUGGGCUGGCAGAGCAGCUCCUGCAGGCGGUGCAGAAGUGCUCCAGAGAGGGACUGAAGGACACACUCAAGAGCCUGGAGGAAAAGACGGAGCAGUUUGUGCACACUCUGAAGGAUGAGUUGGUAAAGAGCGCCCUCCUGGCCCUAAACGCCGCCCGUCCCGGCUACGUCUACAAAAAGUCAACUCCUUCCAGCCCGCACGAGCAGGACUCUAACCCCAGCGUGACCACGGAGACUCACACCAUCUGCAACAAUAUGGACGGCUCGCAGACGCCCCCUAAAGACAACCGAGCGUCUCCUCUCCACUCAGACUCGAUCCCUCACCACAAGGAGUACGACGAAGAAGAAUGGGACAGGGUGUGGGCCAGCGUGGCCAAGAGUUUGAACUGUGUCAUUGCCACGGCGAAGAAGCUACAAGAACAUGACGACAACAUUCAAGAAUCAACGCCCAGCCACGCCCUUGCUGAUGUCAUCACCUCACAUACACCUGCUGCAGAUUGCCACAGUCAACUCUGCAUCCUGGUGCAGUCCCUGAAGGAAUGUGUUGCAGAAGUGUCGGAGAGAGCGAGUCGCUCCAUGAGUUUCGUGCUGCUGCAGGAAGCAGCGUGCAGCGCAGCACAGGGUCUGCGGCUUCAGCAGAGACGAGACACUGUUUUCAGCCAAGCGCUGGCAGCAUUGGCGUGUGGAUUUGUCAUGCGAUUACAUGCUGGUUUGGAGGAUAAGGGCUUUCUCACACAGCUGCCUGCGGUCGGACUGGUGGCCCAGUUUGAAAGUCUGCUCAGUACUUACAGUGAGGAAAUCGGGAUGUUGGAGGAUAUGGAGGUGGGAAUCUCUGACCUUCACAGAGUGACCUUCAAGAUCACAGAGGCAAAGUCUGAAGAACCGGUCAACCUGCAGCCCACUGUCAGCGGUAGACGUGACCAUUACACCGUUGAGGUGCCUCUCCCACAUCAGGCCUUCCAAACGCUUCCCGACGAGCUCCGCGAGGGCAAGCCGCUACGCGUACUUCCUGUGCUCUUUAAUGUGGGCAUAAAUGAGCAGCAAACCAUAGCCGAGAGAUUUGGUGACAUAUCUUUACAGGAGAGAAUAAAUCAGAAGAACUUUGAAAUUCUAGAAGGUUACUAUAAAUCCUUAACAAAUGCAGUGCCAUCAGAAUGCCUGCCCUGUUUUCAGACACAGACUGGCAUUGAGGAACUUCUCGACACACUCGGACAAAAUGUCGUAACUAAAAAAAGGAAGAAUGUGGAGAUACUUUGGCUUGCGGGAAUGAUCUGCCGACGGAUGAACGGCAUACGCUUCACAAGCUGCAAAAGUGCCAAAGACCGGACGUCAAUGUCUGUGACCCUGGAGCAGUGCUCUCUACUGAGAGACGAACACCAGCUCAAUAAAGAUUAUUUUGUGCGCGCUCUGGACUGCAUGCGGAGAGAAGGCUGCCGGAUUGAAAAUGUGCAAAAGAAUAUAAAGUGCCGAAAAUAUGCGUUCAACAUGCUGCAGCUGAUGGCGUUUCCCAAAUACUAUCGGCCACCUGAAGGAACUUAUGGGAAGGUGGACUCAUGAAACAUAUCGAGGAUAGAGAUAAUAGUUGACCAUUAAAAUUUUAAGUCUAAAAGUAUGAGACACCCCCUCCCCCCCCGGAUUUAAAUGUGGGAAUAAGUUUUAGAAUUUUAAAGAAUGUAAAACAUUAUAAUGUAAAAAAGAAAUAUUGAAGAUUCUGCACUACGUCUAGGUCACUAAACAAAUGUAAGCAAAUUUGUGACUUUUGACCACUUGUUUUGUGCAAACGGUCCGAUUUCUGAUGCUUUAUGGAACGUUCUCAAAACAUGUUCAAUUCAGCUUUUCACUCCAAUUGUAAUGCUGAUAUAUGGAAGCUGUUUCCUGCCACAGAAUAAAAAAUAAGAGGUAUUUCUGACUUUAUAUAUCACAAGUGUGACUAUUUCUCGCAACUGCAAGAAAUACGGUAAAACUUUGAUGGUAAAAAGUUGUAAUUGGGAGAGAAAAUCUAUUAAACUAUAUAUCUCACAAUUUCAACGUUAGUGAUUUUUGUAGUCGCAAUUGUGUAAUAAAUAAGUUGCACGUUUAUAUUUUGUAAUUUCAAGAAAUAAAUCAGAACGAGUAUGCUUACACACGCAAGGAAUUUGUCAUGGUGACCGACGCUUCCAGUGCAAAUGCAACCACAUAUACAGUGGAUAUAAAAAGUCUACACACCCCUGUUAUAACAGCAGGUUUUUGUGAUGUUAAAAAUGAAACCAAGAUAAAUCGUAUCAGACUUUUUGCACCUUUAAUGUUAAAAUUACAACCUAUGCCAUUGAAAACCAAAGUGACACAUUUCUGAGAAAAAAAUUAAAAGAAUACAAAACUUACAAUAACUUAAGUGCAUAAGUAUGCACACCCUUUUAUAAUUAGAUAUGUGGCUGUGUUCAGAAUCAACCAAUCAUCUAAGCUCAUGUGUAAUAGUACACACCUGUCUUCACCUGAAGUGACUUGCAAAGCAUCAAUGGAUUGUUGAAAGGUAUUGCUCAGGUUAGGGUUACACAUGUUUUUCCAAGGCAUUAGAUACCAUAGACACAGUCAUCAUCAAGUGGAGAAAGUAUGGCACAACAGUAACAUUAUCAAGAACAGGACGUCCCUCCAAAAUUGAUGAAAAGACAAAGAGAAAACUGCAAUUUGACUGGUCUGGAAUGUUCUUGCAAAGAAGAGUGUAAAAAGAUUUCCAAGUCAAUAUGUGCCAAGCUAAUAGACUCUUAUCCAAACAGACUGAGUGCUGUAAUAAAACCAAAGGGUGCUUCAACUAAGUAUUAGUUCAGAAAGUAUUAGUAGCAUCAAUUUGACACAGAUGGCCGCCUCGGUGUGGAGCUCUCCAAAUCUUUUGUUUGUUUGUCCUGUGUUUAGUAAUCUUUUUCCAGUCAGUUUUACAAGGGACGAACUGCUGAACAUUCGGCAGCACAUACCAGAUAAUCUUUUCCCUGUUUUUGAAUAUUCUGACAUUUUGCUGGACAUUUUAGUCAGAGGCGCAGCUGUGUCGUUUAAACGCGCUAUGAGACGCAGGCGAGGAAAACGAGCCUGUGCGCUGGUUAAACCGCACUGCCGAGCAUUCAUCUAGCGAAUCUCCGCUCUCUUCCCAACAAAACUGACGAACUACAUCUCACACGUGCUAAUAAGGACUUCUCAAACUCUGCUGCACUGUGCUACACAGAAACCUGGCUGAGUGAAACCAUUCCGGACAGCGCAUUACAUCUGCCGGGCUUCCAGCUGUUCAGAGCGGAUCGCAUCGUGGAGUUAACGGGGAAAACGAGAGGCGGUGGAACAUGCUUUUACAUCAACGAAAGUUGGUGUACAGAUGUAACCACGUUAAAGAGGAUCUGCUGUCAACUGUAAGCCGUUCUUCUCGCCGCGGGUGUUUUCUUCAUUUAUUCUGGUGAGUGUUUCCUCCAAACACUUCUGGGUACAUAGUGCUGCAACAGCUGGCUGAUCAAAUCACAGACACUUUUGGACUCUCUGAUCACUGUCUGGUUCCACUUAUUCCGACCUACAAGCAGAAAUGAAAAUCAACAAAGCCAGUUGUAAGGACUGUAAGGAGAUGGACUAAUGAAGCAGAACUGGAGCUACAUGCCUGCUUUGACUGCACUGAUUGGAGUUUUUUGAAGCUGCAGCUACAGACCUGGACGAGCUCACAGAUACUGUUACAUCAUACAUAAUAUUCUACUAGGAAAUUUGUAUCAUUCAUCAAUGAUAAACCAUGGUUCACAGGAAAACUCUGACAGCUUUGUCAUGCCAAAGAGGAUGCUUACAGGGGUGGGGAUAGAGUCUUGUAUAAUCAGGCCAGGAACACACUGACUAGGGAAAUCAGAGUGGCUAAAAGAAGCUACUCUGAGAAGCUGAAAAGCAAGUUUUCAGCUAACGACCCUGCAUCAGUGUGGAGUGGCCUGAAACAACUUACUAAUUACAGGACUCCUACCCCCAGCCCUGUGGCGGACCAAAGACUGGCUGACGACCUGAAUGUGUUCUAUUGCAGAUUCGAAAGGCCCAAUUUCACUCAGACCUUCACUUCACACAAACAUUAACACCUCCUGCAACCCCCCUCCUGCCACACAACCUGCACUCAAGAUCUGUGAGGACGAUGUGUGCCGUGUCUUUCGGAAGCAAAGGUCAAGGAAGGCUCCAGGCCCAGAUGGCGUCUCACCAGCGUGCCUCCAAUCCUGUGCUAACCAACUGGCCCCCAUCUUCACCCAGAUAUUCAGUAGAUCACUGGAGCAGUGUGAAGUCCCAUGCUGCUUCAAACGCUCUGUUAUUAUCCCUGUCCCUAAGAAACCUAAAAUCACAGGACUUAAUGACUACAGCCCUGUCGCCCUGACAUCUGUGGUCAUGAAGUCAUUUGAGAGACUGGUGUUGGCCCACCUGAAGGACAUCACUGGACCCUUUCUAAAUCCCCUUCAAUUUGAUUAUUGAGCAAACAGGUCUGUGGAUGAUGCAGCCAACAUGGGAUUGCUUCACGUCCUGCAACAUCUGGACAGACCGGGGACAUAUGCAAGGAUCCUUUUUGUGGACUUCAGCUCUGCUUUCAACACAGUCAUCCCAGCUAUUCUCCGGACUAAGUUAAACCAACUCCCUGUUCCCAUGUCUAUCUGUCAGUGGAUUACCAGCUUUCUGACGGACAGGCAGCAGCUUGUCAGGGAAAAUUCACUUCCAGCACCUGCACCAUCAGCACUGGUGCCCCCCCCAGGGAUGUGUGCUCUCCAAACAACCUGGAGCUGAACAUGCUCAAAACGGUGGAGAUGAUAGUGGACUUUAGGAGGAACACCCCAACAUUGUCCCCCCUCACCAUUCUAAACAGCACUGUGGCAGCAGUGGAGUCAUUCAGGUUCCUGGGCACUACCAUCUCACAGGACCUGAAGUGAGACACAUGUUGACUCCAUUGUGAAAAAGGCCCAGCAGAGGUUGUACUUCCUUCGCCAGUUGAUGAAGUUCAACCUGCCACAGGCGCUGCUGAUACACUUCUACUCAGCAGUCAUUGAGUCUGUCCUCUGCACUUCAAUAACUUUGGACUGCUGAGAGGAUUAUCAGUCCCCCCCCCUUGAAGAACUGUACUCUACCAGAGUGAGGAAAAGGACUGGUAAAAUCACUCUGGACCCCACUCACCCUGCCCACUACCUUUUUGAACUGUUGCCUUCUGGCCGACGCUUCAGAGCUCUGAACACCAGAACCGUCAGACACAGGAACAGUUUUGUCCCUCAGGCCAUCCAUCUAAUGAACAAUUAAAUUGCCCCAUUGAGUAAUAAUUAUGUGCAAUACACAUUUAAGUCUAUUUAUAUUAUCCAACACAUCCACUUCUGCCAUUACAUACAUUGCUCUGUACAUAAUAUACUGUAUAUUUGUACUUUAUAUAACAGAUUUGUAAUAGAUUUGCACUGUGUGUGUGUGUGUGUGUGUGUGUGUGUGUGUGUGUGUGUGUGUGUGUGUGUGUAUGUGGGUAUGUAUGAAGGUGGGUGCAUGUACGUAUAUGUAUAAUUAUUUAUUUGUAUUAUUCUUUUUUUUUGUUUUGUUUUUAAUUAUCUCUGUCUUGCUGCUGUUUUUGUGGUGUUGUACACUGGAAGCUCCAUUCACCAAGACAAAUUCCUUGUAUGUGUAAGCAUACUUGGCAAUAAAGCUGAUUCUGAAUGUGCAAACUUAUGCAGAUUUUGUUUGUUUUUUCUCUGAAAUGUGUCACUUUGGUUUUCAGUGGCAUUGCAUAGGUUGUUAUUUUUACAUUAAAGGUGCAAAAAUUCUAAUUAUUAAUAUUUGUUUAAUUUUUUACAUCACAAAAACCUGCUGUUACAUGUCCACUGUACAUACAUACAUAUGCAUUUAAACAUAUAAUGACAAAAAAUACAAUAGAGCAAUAAUGUUGUUGGAAUAUAUUAUUCACUGAUAUACAGUUAUGUGCUGUAUUGGUAGGAUAUGUUAAAUGACUUCUGUGUCUGACUUGGUAGCUGAACCAAGCGAUAAAGUCGUAAUUGAGAGAUAUACAGCCUAUAAAACAUCACAGUUGCGCGAAUAUCUCAUCAUUUCUGCAGUUGCUGUUCUAUAAUAUAAAUAAAUUGUGUGAUAUAAAUAAAUUGUGGGUUUAUUUGUCGUAAUUACAAAAAAAUUAAGUUCCAAUUGAGAGGUUUUAUAGACUUUAUAUCACGCAAUUGCCACUAUCUUGAAUUUACUUCUCAUAACUGCGACUAUCAUAAUUGUGAGUAUAUAUUAUGUCAUUGUGACUUUAAAUAUGGCACUUGUGAUAAAUGAAGUCAGAAUCGUGAGAUUUAAUGUUACGAUUACCUUUAUUUUUAUUAUUUAUUUAUUUUUAUUAUCAUUGUGGGAUCAAGGCACCACAGUGAUAAUAAAACUUAUGAAAUUUUUAUGAAAAGAAAAAUAAACACACAUUUGCAUUAGUGGUCUCAGACUUUUGGACCCCACUGUACAUACAUGUGUUUUAUGUUUAUAUCUUUAUAUAUAUUUGGUGUGUACAAGCACACAUCAGCCACUAGGAGUGGAAACGUUUUUCGAAUUUUUGCUGGGCAUUUCUUCUUUUAAUAUAUUUUUUUAAUAAUGUAUUAAAACAAAAUGUCUAUUGAAGAUUUAUAUUUUUAGACUGUAUGAUGUAAUAAAACAAAGAAGGCUAUUUGGGCAAAAAAAAAAAAUUAGAUGGUUUUUUGUAAUUGUAUUUUUUUACGGGAAGGUGGGGCGUCCUUCAGCAGUAUCAAAAGUUUUUCAAAUCUGUUGCUUUGAAUGCCAAGUUAUUGUUUGCAGUUUUUUUGGUUACAUAUCAGCCCCAUUCUUUCCAUGUUUGUAUAUGUUUGUUCCUUUUGUUAUUACCUUUCACUUCUGUUUAUUUGGACAAUUCUAGGAAGAACAUUGUUCCUAUAAGAGCAGUCAGCAUUUAAGGGGUCUGUAUAUUUCACAUGUAUGCACUUUUGCAUGUAAUGUACUGUAUAUUAACUAAGUUUACAUAAUAUGCACCCUGUAUGCUGGCAUAUUGUAUAAAAAAAACAUUCGCUCUGUUAAAUGUGAUGUGUGGAAUUUUUAUUUAUUUAAAGCGCAUUAUCUUAACUCCACUUAAUAUGCAUAGACCACUAUAAUUAAGCCAGUGUUAAAACUAAAUUGCUUUCAAAACAUUGUUUUGUUUGGCUCAGGCACAAGUUUGAGGCGGGACUAUCUUGUCUUUAUUUUUGCAGUCCUGUUCGGUGACGCAU